AGUUAUGAAGCAUUCACAAUGAAAUUGCUGUAGCCUAUGUUAAACUUGGGAAUUGUACCCAGUAGCAGCAUACAGAGUCACUUCGUCACUUGUGCUCUUGUUAAUAGACUCCUGCCAACUACCCAUCUCUUGUUUGCAGCAGCCACUUCAUUUUAUUCUUGAGCAACAUGUCUUUUUUGAAAAAUAUCUUCAGUUCCUCCCUCUUCACUCCGAUUGCAGCGGAAGCGGAAGCUUCGGACAUUCCUAAUCGUAAAGAAUUCAAUGAACAAGUCCCUUCUAAGAAAGAUCCCGAUACCCAGAACCCCGAAGAUUCUCCUAUGGAAACCACCAAGUCUACAGUUGCUCGGGAAGAAAACUUGAAGCUCAAGGAUCAAGAACAACUGACCAGUGUUGAUGAAUCCAAGGAAAAGGUUGCCUCCUCUGAUGAUGAUCAAAAAGAGGAACCUAAAGAAACUCCCCAAGAGGAACAAAAGCCUUCCGAGGAAGCCCCUCAAGAAACUGCCGAGACCAGUCAACCUCAGCCUGAAGAGGGUGAGCAAGAACAAGAACAACCCGAGGAAGGACAAGAAGAAGAAGAAGAAGAAGAAGAAGAAGAAGAAGAACUUGUUGAUCCCUUGGAUACCAAGAUUGAAGAAUGCAAAGAGGCUCCCCAAUGCCAUGAAGCCAAGCACCAUUUUGACGAAUGUACUGCUCGUGUAACUGAAAAAUUGGAAAACGGUGACAAGUCUGAAGACUGUUUAGAAGAAUUCUUCCACCUUUACCACUGUGCUCGUGAUUGUGCUGAUCCCCAAAUCUUUAAGCAACUUGUUUAAAGCGCUUUUUGUUUUUGGGAUUUUUUCCUAAUGUCUUUCUUUUCGUAAUUCUCCCCACAUCUGAGCGUAGUAUAGUGUCUGUGGUUGACCCAGUGUGUCUUGUUCUCCGUCCUUUCAUGUUCAUGUUUAUGUUUUUGACAAACAUGAUUGAAUCAUGUUUUGAAUCUCUCAUAAUCUUACGAAAUGUAAAGGAAUGGAUAUGUGUGUUUCUUUCCCUCCAUAGUCCUCGUACCUAGAGUAACCCUGUCUCUGGAAGCUCCUGCGUGCAAUACAGAAAAAGAAAAUAAAUAUCGUCUUUUGAAUUGUAAAA